UGCUUUGUCUAAACGUCAAAAUAAUCGCAAAUGACCUCCGAAUGGUACGAAAAAUUCAAAACAGCAAAUCUCCUAGCAAAAAAUCCCGAAAAACUGAUGCCGAUGCGGACGGGGAUGUGAUGUUCGGCUCGCACACGCGCGAUUCCGUGCACAAGAGGAAUUUGUACAUAGUCUCGUUUCCCGUCAUAUUUCUGUUCACAAUUUUACGUUCUUUGUUGUAUCAAAUAUUCAUAAUUUUGCGUUUUAUUUAUUGUCGUUCGUCUAGUUACAUUAUUUAUACUUGUCACGAACCUACGGUUUCGGAAGAAACGGAGCCCAAUAAAUACAUUUUGGUUGAAGAAAUUACGGAGAUGGCUCAAGUGAGGGCUGUGGGGCCUGGCCCUGGAGAUCCGCUUUUGGCCAAGCAGAAACACCAUCAUAGAAGGGCGUUUGAGUAUAUUUCCAAAGCGUUGAAGAUUGAUGAAGAGAAUGAAGGGCAAAAGGAUUUAGCUAUCGAGCUCUACCGAAAGGGAAUUACUGAACUGGAGCUUGGAAUAGCAGUACAAUGUUGGGGUGGAAAAGGGGAAGUGUGGGAGAGAGCACAACGCCUGCAUGAGAAAAUGAAAACUAAUUUGGCCAUGGCUAAGGAUCGUUUACAAUUUUUAGAAAGUCAGUGUAGGCUGGGACAAAUGGAUAUUCAAUCAAAAUCUACUCCUAAGUUAAGCUUAACUAGUAACAUACCCACAUACAAAGUAAAUGUUCCUGACUCAUCAGCUUCAGGAAGGAAGUUGACAGUGGCCAGCAGACGCCCCACAAAUGUCCCUCUCUCGAAGAGCCAGACCUUGCCACGAUCUAUGGGUUCCCGUUCUGCUCCAAUUCAGCCCGUGAGACCAUUCAAUAAGACUUCAUCUACCCCACCAACCAUCAAAAAACAGUUUUCAAUCCCAGGAAAUUCGGGAUCACCUGCAAGGAAGCUGAGUGGCAGUAACAGCACAGUGAAACCUACAAAGAGGGUGCCGGCACUAAGAGGGGUAGAUCCUAAGUUGGCACAAUGUAUUUUGGAUGAGAUUGUGGAAGGUGGCCCGCCAAUUCAGUGGGACGACAUUGUCGGCCAAGAAAGAGCAAAGCAAGCCUUACAGGAAAUGGUUAUACUGCCAUCUUUGCGCCCCGAACUUUUUACAGGCCUGCGCACCCCUGCUAGGGGGCUGCUUCUAUUUGGACCUCCUGGCAACGGAAAAACGUUAUUAGCAAGGGCUGUCGCGAACGAAUGUCAGGCGACAUUUUUCUCUAUAAGCGCCGCCAGUCUAACUUCCAAAUACGUCGGGGAUGGAGAAAAAAUGGUGAGGGCAUUGUUCGCCAUUGCCCGAGAACUGCAACCCUCUAUAAUAUUUAUCGACGAGGUCGAUUCGCUACUGUCGGAACGAUCGACUAAUGAGCACGAGGCCAGUCGCCGCCUAAAAACCGAAUUCCUUGUGGAAUUUGACGGGUUACCCAGCAACCCGGAAAGCGAGAGGGUGAUAAUAAUGGCAGCGACGAAUCGACCACAAGAGCUGGACGAGGCUGCGCUGAGAAGAUUUACAAAGAGAGUAUACGUAACCCUACCAAAUCUGGAGACCCGGGUCAAACUACUGAAAAAAUUGCUCUCAAAGCAGGGUUGCAGCCUAACCCAGCCAGAGCUUAAACGGCUAGCCACUUUAACGGAAGGAUAUUCAGCGAGCGAUCUUACAGCAUUGGCGAAAGACGCAGCCUUAGGUCCUAUAAGGGAACUUCAACCGGAACAGGUAAAAGAGAUGGAUCCAAACUCAUUGAGGCAUAUAACUAUGGGUGACUUUUUGGAAUCUUUGAAACGUAUCAGGAGAAGUGUAUCGCCCCAGAGCCUGGUCGCUUAUGAGAAGUGGUCCCUUCAGUAUGGAGAUGUCUCAAUAUAAUACCUUGUUUUCAUGUUUAGGUGUGCUUGUACUACCAUCGUUUUAGAAUUGUUUUUAUCUGUGAUACCCGAUAUUCCUCUAUAAUCUCGUUUAAGUUGUGUUAUAAUUGAUUGUACCUUAAUAUCUUUUAAUUUCUUCGCGCUUAA